CUGCCGCCGCCGCCGCCGCCUUUCUGUCUCCUCUCUCCCUCCGUACUGGACUCGGGUGCAUUUCCGGCCCGGGGGAAUUUGGCUUCGACCCGGCCGGGGCGCGCGGGUGGCUGCGGCCGGCGGCCCGCGGGGUGGGCGUGCGCCGAGGUCUCCGUGCGCCCGGGGGCCCGAGCGGCCGCCAUGGCCGACGUGAGUGUGGAUCAGUCCAAGCUGCCGGGCGUGAAGGAAGUGUGUCGAGAUUUUGCUGUCCUGGAGGACCACACCCUGGCUCAUAGUCUGCAGGAACAAGAGAUUGAGCAUCAUUUGGCAUCAAACAUUCAGCGGAACCGUCUGGUCCAGCAUGACCUGCAGGUGGCUAAGCAGCUCCAAGAGGAAGACCUGAAAGCCCAGGCUCAGCUCCAGAAGCGCUACAAAGACCUUGAACAGCAUGAUUGUGAAAUUGCCCAGGAAAUUCAGGAGAAGCUGACUAUUGAGGCUGAGAGACGACGCCUUCAGGAGAAGAAGGAUGAGGACAUAGCACGUCUUUUACAAGAGAAGGAGCUACGAGAAGAGAAAAAGAGGAAGAAGCAUGUUCCAGAGCCUUCUGGGGGCAGUGCUUUUGGAGAUGGCUGCUAUUAUGACGAUGGAGACCAGCCAAGGUCAAGGAGGGCCAGGGAAUUGGGUUCUGGAUACUCAAGUUUUUCUAGACUCCAAAAUGAUGGGAAGACUGUAAAGCAGAAGAAGGAGAAACCAAGACAUCUAUUGGAGAACUUGGAAGAGCUGGAGGAACCCUGUUCUUCAGAGAGAUCGGGCAGAGGGAGGGAUGCCCAGACUGCCAUUGAUCAGCAUGAAAGAAAGCGGGCUGGUCAAGAGAGGCUCUGGAAACCUCCACUUCCAAAGAUCAGCGGUGAGGUGUUUCUGAGCACUGAAUCUGAUGACUGGGAAGCUAACAGUAGCCCUCGAACUCGGAGUUGGGACAAACAGUCCCGGCACCAUGGCAGACUUUCACCCAAGUCUUCACAGAAAACAGGGCUUCCCUCUAAGGAAAUUGUGUGUGGGAGGGACCUUGGGCAAAGUGACCACAGAGAAAGGAGACGUAAGCCCAGGACUCCUCCCUUCUCAGAGGAUGAAGAACUUCACUACCACCAUGAUGCAGGAAUGAAACCAAGGGGAGUAAAAGAAGCUGUCUGUACUUCUGCACGAGCGACCCACAGGGACCAGGAGUGGUAUGAUGCUGAAAUUGCCCGGAAAUUGCAAGAGGAAGAACUUUUGGCUACACAUGUGGACAUAAGAGCAGCUCAGGUUGCCCAGGAUGAGGAAAUUGCUCGACUUUUGAUGGCUGAAGAAAAGAAAGCUUACAAGAAAGCCAAAGAGCGAGAAAAGUCAUCUUUGGACAAAAGGAAACAUGACUCUGAGUGUAAGUCAAAAGCAAAGUCAACACAUACAAAGUCAAAAGAGAGUGAAGAAGCACACCGUUCCAAGAUUGACAGGCCGGCACGACCACCACCUCCUACAGUGAUGGGCCCUGAGGAUCUGGACCAUACCCAUUUUACAAACCAGCACAGUGCCACUCGUCAUUUCUCAAAGUCAGAGUCCUCACACAAAGGUUUCCAUAAUAAGCAGUAAAACAAAACAAACAUGGGAUCUGCCUUGAAAAUGGACUUACUGUAGCAGAUAUUAACUGAAUGAUACAAAAUGCAUUCCACGUUGGCUGUUCUCCUUCUAUGUGCCAUUCCUGGGAAUUAUUCUCAAGUGUUUUCCUAACUAUAAAAAAUUUCAGUUCACUUCAAAUAUUUUGGUUAUUCUGGUCACGUGGGCAGUGUAAGGAAAUAUAGCUUCUGAAUAUUGGCCACCUCUUCUCUGAAUGGAUUUCCUGGGAUGUAAUUAGAACUGUGUGAAAUGACACUUGCUAGGUAUAGGAUAUUGGCAUCUAGGGACUAGGGUUUAUUAAGCAAUUAGAAGUGUACAGAGAUAAAUUAUCAAGUAAAUCAUAACAUUUUGAUCAAAGAAAGUAUAGUAAAGUAUAUGAAUAGCCACUUUGUUGUUUAUUAGUACGAUACUUUGAAGGAUAUAGUUUUUGGUUUUUAUCCUCCAGAAAAAGUAGAAUCACCACAGUAAAAUAUAGGGAGAAAUGCCCAGAGCAGUGGAAGUCGUCUGUUAUUCUGAAUGCGUGGAUUGGAGCAGGAGAGGCUCUAGAUAGCUGUGUGACCCGUUAGGAAAGUUGCUCUGGUAUCGUUCUUGAGCACUGUGCUGCUAUUUCCUCAGUAGCAAGUCUUUCUGAAGGCUUUAGGCAAAGCAUCACGUGCUAAUAUUUACUAGUAAAAACCUUAAUUAUCUGAUACUUUCACUCAGGUUCAUGAAGAGUCAGCUGAAAAUUAAAGAAAAAAAAUAGCCUUUCAUAGCCUUGAUUUUCUAAUUUAAUUGUGGAGCCAAAGGAAAUAGAACAGUUUUCCUAAGAGUUGAUGCCAUCAGUCUUACUUACUGUGUCCAUCAAGCGCCUUGCUCCUAGGAUGGAGCAGUUUUGUUGGCAACCUCUCAGUGAGGUUUUAUGACCUGUCAUAAUUAGACUAAUUCAACAUGGAGUUGAAUUGAUGAAGUGAGUCAUUAUCCAGGUAUAUAGUUCUGCUGUUUUGUUGAUGGCCGUUGUAUUCCUUUCCACAAGACCUUUAAACUCCCCUUUAAAACUUCAGUCUUUGUCUGGCUGCUAAUUGAUAGAAGUGUUUAUUUGUCCAUACCACUUAGUUAAUAUAAAUGCCAGCGAAGCUAUGUCUAUAUCUGAUUGACAUCCUCCCAGCUGGACUUGCUGUUCUUGUCAUUGUAUGGAUUUUUUUAUUGUUGUUGUCAUUUCAGUAAGCUGUUUUUUAGGAAGGGAGAAAAUAGGUUGCUGAGAGAGAAAUCAUUUAGGGACUGCCUGCCUUCCAUUUGCCUUGUCUUUCCAGAGGAUUUUAACCUUGGGGAGGAUUCUGGGCGGCUGCUCCCAACAGAUUCUGACCUCUGAUUGUCUGCCUUUGGUUUCAUAAAGUUACAUAUGAUGGAAAUUUCAGUGCAAAGCAGCUAAGAGUGAAGCUGUGGGCAAGUGUUAAUCUGAGAAGACACAGGCAGAGCGGUGCAGACAUUUUGGGAGAGUGGAGAAGAGGGAACUUAGAGGCCUGAGUGUGGCCAUGAAAUACAGAGAGGAAGGUCUUCCUUCAGACAGAUGGAAAGCCCAGCCUUAAGUCAGAGUCGGCACAAUGGUUCCCAUAGCAAAGCUUAGUCUUGUUGCCUUUGCUAAUCUCUAUCUUUCUUUAUCUGCCCGGUGAUUUUACAUCAUGUUUGUUAAAGAUAUUUUGUAAUGGAACCUUAAAAAGUAUAGUUGCAUUUUUAUUUGAUAAUUAGACAAAACAGGCAACCUCUUUUGCCAUAUUUUUGUUUUAUAAAUGUUUAUUUUUCUAUCUCAUGAAAUGGUCACUUUUACUUUAAAAAUGCGUUUUUUUGGGGUUUUUUUUUGUUUUUUUUGCUUUUCAUGUUCUUCAAUUCAUCAUAUUUAUUAUUGUAAAAUGGACAUGUUUCAGUUUAAAAAUUCCAAGCCAGAAUGCUGUAGGCUUACCUGUUGUGGUGGAUGGCCAAAGGUGGUGCUGCCCUGGGAUAGCCAGCUUAACAUCAGUAUUGGAAAACUUCUUACUUUUUAAAAGUUUUUUUUUUUUUUAAGGAGUAGAAUUUUAAACUAUUUUGUUUAUUUUUUGUAAAGUAAACAGAUUUUUAAGAGUAUCAGUAAUUAUUUACCUAUGACUAAGAAGAUAGAAAAAUGUUCUGAAUUAUUCUUAAUGUUCUCAAAUUUUUGCUAUCACUCAAAAAUAAUGCAUCUUUGAGAUGAUAGGAGCACCUACUAGUUCUUAAUGAACUGCCACUUUUCACUGUGGUUUCUGCUUUUUAAUUUGUCCUUUUGAUAUAAAAAUGAAAGCAUUUAUCGUGUUCCUCCUGUUGUUGCAGUACACACAGCUUAAUUGUUAGGUACAGGCUGUAUUCUCUUUUGCUGUCAAUAUAUAGACUUGUUCUUCUGGCCUUGAGAAGUCUUUUGUUUCUAAAUUUCUCUGUAGGUCAUGCCCUUAUAACACCAGUAUUACUGAAUGAGCACAGUAUGUUAAGGAGCCGCAUCACAAGGCUACUUGACAUGAUACUCUCUCCUUCCCUUUCUUAAAGUUUUUUAACUGUUACUUAGAAAAGAGGGUAGUUAAAAGUCAGAUUAAAUAUGCUGACUUGAAAGAAAAUUGAUUCCAGUAUUCAGGGUACUGUAUUCCAGCUACUGUUAGUCAUAUUUGCUUUGUUGGGAGAAUAGAUAACUGCUUCUUUUGUUCUCAAAGAAUAUUGAGAAUUUUUAAAGUGACUCUGUCAUUGAAAUGCUGUGGGUCAAGUGAUUUUAUGACAAAUGGCAGUAUAGUAAUGAACUAAAAUACAAAACAUCAACAACCAAACUAUAGACUUUAGAUGUCUUUGAGAAAGAUCUAAAAUAUGAAGAGAGAUGUGCAUAGAUAGACACUAGAAGAAACCUUUUCGUAGAGGCAUUGGUCACAAUGUCCUAGAUAACCAUAUUCUAAAAAUGUAACCUGUGUUCCAUUGGACUCUUCAACACUGUCAUAGCUUCUCGAAAUCUGUUUGUGCCAAAUUGAAAAAAAAAAAAAAAGCCAAGCUACUAUAAUAUGGUGCAUUAAUUCUGUUUACUACCUAAGUGGUUAACAUUUUAGAGCCUUGAUUUUUAAUGAGUAAUACCUUUGUAUAAAACUCACUUUGGGAAAUAUGAAGAUCUAGUAUUCUUGAUACUUUUUUUGGUUUUUGAGACAGGGUUUCUCUGUAAAACAGUUCUGGCUGUCCUGGAACUCGCUCUGUAGACCAGACUGACCUUGAACUCACAGAGAUCCACCUGCCUCUGUCUCCCCAGUACUGAGAUUAAAGAUAUGUGUCACCACUACCUGGCUAUUCUUGAUACUUUUUAAGAUAACUUCUGAUUGGCUGAGAUCAUCAGCCUAAUGAAGGGAUGAGGCCCAUGCAGAAAUAACUCAGAGAACAAACAGAAUAGAGCUUGAAAUAAAUGGCUUCUUCCAUUUGGGGAGGACAGUGUUUGUGGGGGGAGCAUUAAUACUAAAAGGAAACAUUACUCACCUUGAUUUUACUGCCUAUGUGUGCCAUGGCAUGUUCUUUUUAGAAUAAUCUCUAAAAAACUCAAAACCUGAUCUUUCAGGAAAAAAAAAGAUUUUUAAAGUAUAUAACGUGUGUGUUAUAUGCUGUUCAUAGCAAAGAUGUGUCACCCCACCUCUCUCCCUAUCUGUUGAUGCCUGUGUGCUUUAGAGCCAUAGCUGUGUAUCUGACUGGUGACAGGAUGCUUAUUUCUUCCUAUGCUGUGGUAGGGCAAUGUAGGCAGAGAGAGGCCUACUAUCUGGUGUCCUAUUAAUGCUGCAUGGAGCAGUUGUAUCCAAAUAUGUUGUGGAAGUUUUUUGUUUGGCUGGUUUUUAUCAUGUAAGACAAUUAAAGGGAAGACUCAGAGGCUUUUGUUGCUUCUGCUGUGUAAUUCAUCAGAAAUGAUCACUUUACUUGGAGGGUUUCCAAGAAAGCAAGACUAAGCUCGGAAAACAUUAAUAAUAGAGUCAUGUUUCUGAUGAGCCCUGCACUUUAUGUCAGCAAUGUCUGUGAAGAUCAGUUUUGCCUUAAAUUACUUUAGUCCAACUGAGGCCAUUGUGUUUGGUAUAUAUAAACUCCUCCUGUGAGCGCUCCAUUGGCAUACAAUUCAUAGAAGAGCCUCAAACAUCAUCAUCAUCACCAUCUGGAGCUUUGAACUUCUCGCACUGUACUUGGGUUGACUUAUAAUAUUAAUAGAUGCAUUUCUCAGUUCCCUGAGUAGCAGAGGCAUGGCCAGAAGCAUUGCAAAGGGAGAAGUCCCUGGCUGGAAUAUUCAUACGCAGUGAUAACUUUCUGAACAGUUGAGAGCUUCCUGUUCCAUUUUAUGGUGACUGUGCAAAAGAUAUUCUAAGGGUUAUAUGGUUCAGUGGCAACAUUAGGAUUAUUUUUCAGAAUUUUAGCAAUUAUCUUUGUGCAUUGGAAUGUUUAUUUACCAUUAACAAAAAUAGGAGAAAACCAAACAAACUGGAGAUACUUAUUUGACAUGGUGAUGUGAAGAGUGUGGGAGUUGAUUACUUAUAAAAGAGAUUAAGACAGAGAAGCUAGAAGAGCAGCUUUUAGAGGCCGUGUUUGAUGCCACAGACAAGCACAGUCAUGUAAGUAAUCACACAAGUGUUUGCCACUGAAAGCCAUUCUCUUCCCUUAGAAAUCUGAGCACUGCUACUGAACAUCUUCAUCAGUGGUUUAAUAUGCCUUUGUGUGUUUGCAGCAAAUAGAAAGUGGUUUUCUCUUUAAGUUGCUUUUCAUGGUAUGCUGAUUUCAGCAUUCUAGAUCAGGGCAGAAUUAAUUAUGUAACUGUAUUGUAGGGUUCAAAUAUGAAAAAAGGUUUGAGUAACAAAUCAGCAAGAAUUGCAAACAGUAAAGAGUAGGCAUUGAGAGGCUAUAUGGUGAUGAAUUAUAUACUUUGGGUAUAUUCUGCUACAUUGAAUUCAGACUGUAAUUGCUGAAAUUGAUUCUAGCUAAAAAUUUGCUAAGAGCAUUGGGUAUUAGAAGUUUUGUACUUCUGAGUAAAUUUUCUCUAAAUUCCCACAGGCUAUAGCUUUAGCUCUGCGUAAUCCGAAAAGCAGAUGUCCUUUCUCAAUGAAAGCUGUAUUUUUCAUGUAGCUUUUAAUGAGCAACCAGAUAUUAAUUUCAUGAAAUAAUGUAAAUAUUAGAAAGUGGAAGGGGGAAAUGGCAUAUAAAAUUGACAUUCUAAAAUGACAAGUCUUUGUAAUGCUGGGCAUCUCCUAAGAACAAUCUAUCCCUGUAAAACAUUUGAAAGGUGCUAGAAUUGAAAGUACAAGUUUGUUACGUAAAUCAAGUUUCUCAGGAAAUUUGAGAUGAUACAGCCAUUUGUCUUAUAAUUUGGAGAGAUAAUCUCUUGAGUUAAGCUCUGCAGGAAGCACACUUCAUUUGUUAAGAGCCUUUUAGGUAUGGUGAAGUAGAUAUGCUUAUGAAACACAUGAAAUGAAAUCCCAAGUGCUGGUCGGUUUAUAGUCCAGGGAGUGGGGUAUAAUGGCUGUGAAGUACGUAUUUCAUGGAGCUGAUCAGAACUUCAAUAGAAUAUUGUCUCUUGUCUGAAGAAAGAGACCACCUCAAACCACAUGCCUAUCUAGAGAUUGAGUAAAACUGUGAGGGACACUGUGUGAAUGCCUUAAGGUGACUGGUGGAGGUACUGGUGGGCAUGUAUGCGCCCAUCUGAAUUAGGCUGUGGAAAACAGUCUAUUCCAAACCAUCUUCGUACAGCCCGAGUUGCUCCGGUCCAUAACCUUGUUGAGGAAGAUGAGAAAUAUGGUGCUGGCUACUUCAUGUGUCUGGGAGGCUGACAUCAUUGGUUAACAUCCCUAAGGCACUGUCCAGUGCCCAAGCCUUCCUUCAGUACCACUGUACAUCUACAUCAGUUCAUCUAUGCAAGCUUGUGUUUUUGUGGUUUGUAUUUUACACCUGAACAUCAGGUUUAGCAUUGGUGUUAUAAAUAAUUUUUAAACCAAAGUAUUGUAUGAGUAAAUCUGUGUGCUUUGUUUCUGUGAGUGGUUUGAGGUAAUUACCUAUCUUGUCUUCUCUUAAUAAAGUCAUCCGUUUAUCAAGUCAA